CCAUCCUCAUGACCUCAUCUAAACCUAAUCCCCGCAAAGGCCCCACUUCUAAAUACCUUCACACUGAGGGGUAAAGCUUUAACAGGAAUUUGGAGAAGACACAAUUAUUCAGGUGGGACUGCAGUACCCAGUGUCAAGGUGAUGAUAAUGCCACUCACAGUGUGAGCCACACCCUUCCCCCCAUGACAAUAGGGUGUUCCCCAGAACAUUCACAUCCUGCUGUUCCCCAUGGGGCUGGCCCUGCUCAGAGAGGGCCCAUGGCUGAGCCAACGCAUGUGGGAUGUUUCAGAAGCCUGUGACAUUUCAGGACGUGGCCGUAGACUUCACACAGGAGGAAUGGGGGCUGCUGGGCCCCACACAGAGGAUCCUCUACCGUGACGUGAUGCUGAGGAACUACAGCAACUUGGUGUCCCUGGGACUUCCUGAUUGCAAACCAGAUGUGAUCUCCAAGCUGGAGCAGUGGGAAGACCCCUGGACUGUGAAGAGAGAUGUCCCAAGAGGUCCAGACUCAGAGCCUGAGCCCCGAGCUGCAUGGCUGCCUCUAGAGAAGGGUGCUCUGUCUCAGGGGCAGAUGACAAUGGGACUCUCAGGGCAGGAUUUCUGGCACACCAUCCAGAAAGAAGCCACAGAACAUGAAGGCCAGGUGGCAGAGAGACAAUGCCAAGCAGUGACACUCAGCCAGGGGAAGAAGAGCCCAGAGUGGAGCUUUGCAGGAACUUUCUCCUGGCACCCAUUCUUCACUGAGCAUCAGUGCAAUCCUCCAAGGGCUCAAGCUCCCACAAGCCACGUUGGCAAAAAGGGCCUCACCUGCAUUUCAGUCCUAGAUCAGGGGCACCCCUGCCAAGAAGAGAGACUGCGUAUGGAAGCCCUCAGCUCUCUUCCAGACCUUAGUCACCCUCAAGGAGCUCACAUUGCGGGGGACACAUUGGUGUGUGGUGGGUGGGGAGAUGCCUUUGGCAAGAACACAUGCCUUGUGGGCUGUCAGCAGAUUCCCGAUAAACGGAAGCCCUACACAUGCGAGGAGUGUGGGAAGGCCUUUGGACAGAGCACACAUCUCGUUCAACACCAGAGAACCCACACGGGUGAGAAGCCAUACACGUGCCAGGAGUGUGGACGGGCCUUCAGCAAGAACUCGUCCCUGGUUAAGCACCAGCGCAUCCACACAGGCGAGAGGCCCUAUGUGUGCAGCCACUGCAGCAAGCACUUCCGAGAGAACUCCUCCCUGGCCAGACACCAGCGGGUGCACACGGGCGAGAAGCCGUACACCUGUGGUGAGUGUGGGCGUGCCUUCAGCCAGAGCACUCACCUCGUGCAGCACCAGCGAGUCCACACUGGGGAGAAGCCGUUCGCCUGUGGUGAGUGUGGCAGAGCCUUUGCUGACUCCUCAGCCCUCCUGGUCCACCACAGAAGCCACACGGGAGAGAGGCCGUAUGAGUGCCGCACGUGCUGCAGGGCGUUCAGCCUCAGCUCAUCGCUGGCCGAGCACGAACGCUGCCACACAGGAGAGAAGCCGUACGCAUGCCGGCAAUGUGGGAAAGCCUUCAGCCAGAGCUCCUCCCUCAGCAAGCACCUGAGGACACACACGGGUGAGAAGCCGUACGCAUGCGGGCACUGUGGCCGUGCUUUCAGCCAGAGUUCCUCCCUGGCCAAGCACCAGCGGGUGCACACGGGCGAGCGGCCCUACGCGUGCAGAGAAUGCGGGAAGACCUUCAGCCAGGGCUCCUACCUGAUCCUGCACCAGCGGGUGCACACGGGCGAGCAGCCCUACGCGUGUGGAAAAUGCGGGAAGACCUUCAGCCAGAGCAAGUUCCUCACCCAGCACGAGAGGAUCCACACUGGGGAGAAGCCCUUUGUGUGUGGCGACUGUGGAAGGGCCUUCGUGCAGAGCUCCUCCCUCACCCUCCACCUCAGGACACACACUGGGGAGAAGCCCUACAAGUGCAACGAGUGCGGCAAGGCUUACACCCAGGUGUCGCACCUCACUGAGCAUUACCGGGUGCACACGGGGGAGCGGCCCUACGUGUGCAGUGUGUGCAGCAAAGCCUUCAGCCGUGGCACACACCUCAUGCAGCACCAGCGUGUCCACGCGGGCGCCAAGCCCUUCAUAUGCAGCCUGUGCCGGAAAACCUUCCGCGAGGCUGCGGCCCUCAUUCUGCAUCAGAGGGUUCACGCUGCACAGAAGCCCUUUGAGUGUCACACAUGUGAGAAGAACUUCAGCCAGAGCAGAUCUCUGGUCCAGCAUCGGAAAAUUCAUUCCCAGGGGACACCAUGA